AUGGCGGGACCAGACGCCGCAGUCGCUAUCCGAUCCUUCGCGAAAGCGAAACUUCACCUGGACUAUCCUUACAUGCCUGUGGCCGCCAUCGAAGAGCUGCUCGAUAGAUGUGAAACCGACACCAAGGCUGUCAUCGAGAAGCAGAAGCCAGUGAUGGUAGAAAUCAAGUCUCGAGUCAGCUUCUUUUCUUUGCCCGCCGAGCUUCGCAACGUCAUCUACGAGUUGGCUACAACCCCCGGCCCUGACUCGAGCGUCAAAGAAGAGCAGCACGCGAGGAGACACUGCUCUCCAAACAUCCCUGCUAUAAUACAAAGCUCACAACGGCUCCGGAACGAAGCAUUGCCAAUAUAUUACGGCAUGAACAGCUUCAAAGUGUACUUCUGCUGCAUAAGGGAGUCUCAGGUCCGCUACUUCGACAUUCUUCAGACCCAGGAAUGGCUGAGAUCUAUAGGCAAGACGAGCGCGGCCAUGAUCAAGAAAUUCGGGAUUGAGGUCGAGGUUGAGGCAGCCGUCCGCAGUAGCCAUCAUAUGUUCGGGGCGCUUUGUGCGCGUCUUGGGUGUACGGAGCAGCAGCUUACCGAUGGAGUCACGCCAGGGAAGUGGAACCAAGAUCUCCUUCGUAAGGCGCUCCCGACCGCUCUCACAGAGCUUGGUAUUGCAGAAGGGUCGAUCAAAUUCCAGAUCAAGGAGUGGUAG